GGAUAUCAUGUGCAUGAGUCAGAUGGCAAUGAUUAAUGACUUCCUGUAAGAAAUGGAAGACUGACGCUCUGCCUUUAUUAUGGACCCUCGUGAGACAGCCCUCUGAGAGUUUUCCGACUUAUUCCCACCAGUACUUUCAUUGUGUACACCAUCCGAGUCUUUGGCCAAGUUUGCUAUUUAAUAAUUACCAACGCUGUUUCCCAUCUCCCGAUACAACUUUCAUCCGAAUUCCUGGCCAAUUGAACAUCGCAGGACCUCGCAGGGCCAGCAGCUGUGGCGUAACGAAGACAACAGCCUUCAAGAGCCAAUUCCAUAAACGAAAAUGAAACAGAUGGUGGACUUGUCAACAAUUUGGGAACAUGGUCGUGCCACGUUGCAAACCUUGUGGAUUUCGAUCAUCUUUCUCCUUGCGCCCUUCGCCUAUCUAGUUCUAUCGCAGAGAUCAAAAUCAAAAUCAGUAGCCAGUGGUCGAUCAGACAAGGGAGAAGCCGGAUCUACUGCCCCAGAUCACUCGAAGUUCGAUACGUCAAAUAUACGUGUAACAAAGAUUCUCAUCCACCCCAUCAAGAGCUGUAAAGGCACUUCUGUUCCAGAGGCAAAUUACACUCUGCACGGAUUGGAUAAUGAUCGUAAAUGGUGCAUAAUAAAGACACAUAAUAAUGCAGUUGUGACUGCCCGAGAUGUGGCUAAGAUGGUUCUUAUACAUCCUCGCAUCAUUCCGGCCUCAUCUUCAGAGGCUGGCCGGCUCGAGGUGUCUUUCCCAAAGGAGUCGGGCUGUGAGACCUUCUCAGUACCAUUAAACCCCACUGAGGAACAACUUCAGGAUUGGGAAAAUAUCAAUAUAUCAUUGUGGGGCAAGGAUGACAUCGAGGGGUACGUAUGCCAGACCAACAUAGGAAGGUCACCCUCAGAGAUACUUUCGGAAUAUAUGGGGAUGCCAGUACACUUGGCUGUGAGGGGCUCACGCCAGCGGAGCUGUCCGCCGACUAUAAGGUUUCCCAACCUAGAUGCACCAUCAUAUUUUCAGGAUGGGUACCCUUUAUUGAUAGUGUCCGAGGAAAGUGUCGCGGCCGCGCAGGAGCUGAUCAGAGAGAUGGUGGGCAUGCAGGGCAUAGAGGAAAAGUGGUCUAGCGACACUUUACAGGUAGAAAGAUUCCGCCCCAACAUAGUGAUUAAAGGAGCCGGCGCACCUUUCUUCGAGGAUAUACUCACUGAAUUCACUAUCGAUUCCCAUCAUGAAGCUGUCGAAGGGGCAUCGUCGAUAAUUCGGCUUGUGCGUAAAUGCACUCGUUGCGUGCUGCCAAAUGUACAUCCCGAGACCGGUGUACGUGACAAGGCCGUGCCAUUAAAAGUUUUAAUGAAGCAUAGAAGAGGCCUGGAUCCCGGGCGGCCUAGGUUACCCUGUAUGGGGUGCAAUGGGGUUUUCACGGCGAAUGGCGUGGUGAAGGUCGGUGAUUGGAUCCACGUAUGUGAGACGGGAUUCGUAUGAGCCAUCUUUGAAGGUGUUGUCGUGUUUCAUUUUUAAUUAACUCUUGCGUACCAC